AUGUGCCAAAAGUGCGUUCAGUUGGCAAUCCAGAAAAUCGCGUCGCGCUGUUUGUACUCCAAGGAAGCCAUCAUCUGGUAUCGCGAGUGCUUAGUUCGGUAUUCGAGCCGUUCCAUCUUCUCCAACUUGGAGGAAUGGCCCAGGAUUAAGCUCGGGAAUUUCAGCACGAUUCCGGACACGUCGAAUCAAGGUGGCGUCGGGUGGGUGCUGGCGAACACGCUGAACGAGGCGAUAACGGAGGCGGCGGACGGUGUGGCAGCUGGAGAAAAGAAAUUUGCGACGAGGACGGGGAAAGUGAGGGAUCAGAAGGUGUGCACUCUGGUUCAAUGCUCGCACGAUUUGACGAGCGGAGAUUGCCGGGGAUGUCUGAGGGAUAUGAUGGCGGAUAUUCCGCUGUGUUGCCUUGGAAGAUACGCCGGAAUGGUUCUGUAUCCAAGCUGCAGCCUCAUGUUUGGGUUGCGACUCUUUUACAGAGAGGUUGAAGCUGUUCGCGCGCGUUCGCCUGAGCGCGUCUCACAUGAUUCUGUUUCUGUUGAUGGCGGCAAAGGGGGCUCAGCGUCCGAAGGAGGCAGAAAAGUCCGGUCACGGAUCAUUAUCGCGGUGGUCAUCCCAGUCGUUAUUACAGCCCUGCUGUCCUAUUUCGUCAUCUAUUUGCUGCGAAGGAAGGCAAGGAGGAGAUAUGCCAUUCUCAAAGAAAACUUUGGAACUGAAUGUACUACUCUGGAGUCACUGCGAUUCGAUUUCGCUACAAUUGAAGCUGCAACAAACAGGUUUUCAGAUCAGAACAGGAUAGCUCAAGGAGGAUUUGGAGAAGUUUACGAGGGUACUCUUUCUAAUGGACAGAAAAUUGCUGUGAAGAGACUCUCCACGAGCUCCGAACAAGGCACCCUGGAAUUUAAGAAUGAGAUUUUACUAACAGCUAAACUUCAACAUAGAAAUCUAGUGACAUUGUUGGGAUUUUGCUUACAAGAGCAUGAGAAGAUACUCGUCUACAAAUUUGCACCCAACAAAAGCCUCGACUACUUUCUCUUUGGUUUGAUUCUCAAGAUCAACUCUUGUCAAAUUAGUCCAGGUGCUUUAAAAUCAUUGAAGGGGUUGUCGAGCAAUUUUUAUCUUCAUGAGCAUUCACGUCUUAAAAUUAUACAUCGUGAUCUUAAACCUAGCAAUAUCUUAUGA